CCCACCCAGGCCCCAGCAAUAUCCCCUCCCCCUCACGCUGAGUCCCUGCAAAGGCCAAUUUGUUUAUUCCCCUGCCGCAGGGCUCGACUGCAGAACUUCGGCGUCCACGCUACUUCGUCACCCUCCGGAGCAGCCAUGGGGGCCCGCAUUGUUCGCAACCCCAUUUUACAAACCCUGAACCUGAGGCCCUGCGAGCCCAGUACAGGGACACAACUCGAUCUCCAAGCCUCUGAUGGAGAAGAAGCGACGGGCACGCAUCAACAUGUCCCUGGAGCAGCUGAAGUCGUUGCUGGAAAAACACUACUCACACCAGAUCCGGAAACGCAAGCUGGAGAAGGCAGACAUACUGGAGCUGAGCGUCAAGUACAUGAAAAGCCUUCAGAACUUGGUGCAAGGGCUCUGGCCGGUCCCCCUCGGAACUGAGUUCCCGUCGGGCUUCCGCAGCUGUCUGCCUGGCGUUGGCCAGCUUCUGCGGCGCGGAGAAGAGGGUGGCGGUGGCCUGCGCUGCCCCCUGGCGCACGAGCGCGCAGGUGACAGCACCAUGGACAGCGCCGGCCCGAGCCGGGAGGCACCCGAGCCGCUCGGUCCCUGCGCCCCCGCCAUUUGGGCCCCUGCUCCGGCCACCGGCGGCUCGCGGUCCCCUCCACCCCGGCUCCUCUUCCCUGGAGGUCUUCCCGGCCCGUCCUCCAGCGUCCCGGGGCCGCAGUCGGCACCUCGCCGCUGCACCGAGAGCACGGGGCCGCGGCUGGGCGUUUGGCGGCCCUGGUGAGUCCCGGCGCCGCCUCGGACUCAAGGGGGCCCCCAUCCGGCCUGGAGACGCAGAGACUGU